AUGUGUGUUUGCGGCAACUGGAUGAUUGUACUCUCAGCGUUUUUUCGUCGCUGGAUAUUUGGACAUUCAGGUUGUGUAUAUUACGGAUUUUCCACAACGAUGUUUGGGAUUACCCAGAUCUUUCUUCUCUCGGCCAUCGCCUUCGAUCGCUUUGUGAUCAUUGUAAGACCAAGGGGAUUUUCAUUCUCCAAGACGACAGCAAAAAUCGCAGUUUUACUGUGCUAUAUAACCGGUUUCGGAUGGGCCUUAUUACCUGUACUUGGAUGGAGUUCCUAUCAACUAGAAGGGAUCGGUAUUCGAUGCGCCAUCAGCUGGAAAAGCAACACCCGUGGAGACUUGGCGUUCUCGAUGUCAAUUCUUGUUUGUGGAUGGGUGUUCCCGCUGGCAUUGAUCCUUUACAGUUAUGGUGGAAUAUUCUGCAAGCUAAGACAAGAGAGAAUAAGGACGAAAACCAUCAAUUCCAACCUACGAUCAAGGCGGGAAAGAAGAGAUCGACGCAUGGCAGUAACUGUUCUACUUAUGAUUGUAAAAGAGUGGAAAGGGGAGCUCAGGGUUGAUCUUCGAGAGUGGGAGAAUGGCCAACCGACAAAGAAGGGGAUCAGUCUCACCUUGAUGCGAUGGAAGAAUUUGGUCGAUGCUAUAGAGUAUGUGGAUCAGGGACUUCGAAACAACGACGGCUAUAAAACUCAUCUAGGAGGAAAUGUGUACAUAUGUAUAGGAGAGGGAAGCGUAUGUGUGGACAUCAGACAGUUUUGGAAACCCGAGAACGAAGUGGUCCCUACCAAGAAAGGUCUUUGUUUGAGACCUGGAGAGUACCAGCGUUUAAAGGAACUGAUUCCUGAAGUAGGCCGGACGCUACCAGAACUAGACGGGGUGGUCCCCUGUUACCUACAGAGUGACCACAUGAACCAGUUGGGGGCUUUGAAAUGUUCCGAGUGUAAUCCUUGUGAUUUUCACAACCAUUAG